GCGGCCCCCCUCUCUCGGCCCGGCCAUCUUGUGGGAAGAGCUGAAGCAGGCGCUUUUGGCUCGGCGCGGUCCGCUGCAAUCCGUGGAGGAACGCGCCGCCGAGCCACCAUCAUGCCUGGGCACCUACAGGAAGGCUUCGGCUGCGUGGUCACCAACCGAUUCGACCAGCUAUUUGACGACGAAUCGGACCCUUUCGAGGUGCUGAAGGCAGCAGAGAACAAGAAAAAAGAAGCCGGCGGGGGCGGCGUUGGGGGCCCCGGGGCCAAGAGCGCAGCUCAGGCCGCGGCCCAGACCAACUCGAACGCGGCGGGCAAACAGUUGCGUAAAGAGUCCCAGAAAGACCGCAAGAACCCGCUGCCCCCCAACGUCGGCGUGGCCGACAAAAAGGAGGAGACGCAGCCGCCGGUGGCGCUUAAGAAAGAAGGAAUAAGGCGAGUUGGAAGAAGACCUGAUCAACAACUUCAAGGUGAUGGGAAAAUAAUUGAUAGGAGACCAGAAAGGCGAGCACCUCGUGAAAGAAGAUUUGAAAAGCCACUUGAAGAAAAGGGUGAAGGAGGUGAAUUUUCAGUUGAUAGACCGAUUAUUGAACGGCCUAUCCGAGGCCGAGGUGGUCUUGGAAGGGGUCGAGGAGGCCGUGGACGUGGAAUGGGCCGAGGCGAUGGAUUUGAUUCUCGUGGCAAACGUGAAUUUGAUAGGCAUAGUGGAAGUGAUAGAUCUUCUUUUUCACAUUACAGUGGCCUGAAACAUGAGGACAAACGUGGAGGUAGCGGAUCUCACAACUGGGGAACUGUCAAGGAUGAAUUAACAGAGUCUCCCAAAUACAUUCAGAAACAAAUAUCUUAUAAUUGCAGUGAUUUGGAUCAAUCAAAUGUGACUGAGGAAACACCUGAAGGUGAAGAGCACCCAGUGGCAGACACUGAAAAUAAGGAGAAUGAAGUUGAAGAGGUUAAGGAAGAGGGUCCAAAAGAGAUGACUUUGGAUGAGUGGAAAGCUAUUCAGAAUAAAGACCGAGCAAAAGUAGAAUUUAAUAUCCGAAAACCAAAUGAAGGUGCUGACGGACAGUGGAAAAAGGGAUUUGUUCUGCAUAAGUCAAAAAGUGAAGAGGCUCAUGCUGAAGAUUCAGUUAUGGACCAUCAUUUCCGGAAGCCAGCAAAUGAUAUAACGUCCCAACUGGAGAUCAAUUUCGGAGAUCUAGGUCGCCCAGGACGUGGUGGCAGGGGAGGACGUGGUGGACGUGGGCGUGGUGGUCGUCCAAACCGUGGCAGCAGGACUGAUAAGUCAAGUGCUUCUGCUCCUGAUGUAGAUGACCCAGAGGCAUUCCCAGCUCUGGCCUAACUGGAUGCCAUAAUACAACACUGGUUCCUUUGUGGACCCUCCUGUUCAAAGCUUUUGCAUGCUUAAGGAUCCCAAACAACUAAGAAUUAAAAAAAAAAAAAAAAAAAAAAAAAAAAAAA